AUAUCCAAAUAAAUUGUGAAUUAACUCAAGAUUAAAGUCGAUGCAAACAUGAAAUUAGCAUGUUCGAAUCGUUUGUGUGUGCUCGCUUUUGUUAUUGUGCUGCUGGCGCUGGGCGAAUCGAGUGCGGGCAGCGCGGAGAGUGCGGUUAUUGGUGAUAUACGAGAUAAGUGGUCCGUGGACAAUGGCCAACAGCAGCAACACCAACAGCAACAGCAACAGCAGGAGGAGCAGGAGCAGCCAAAGAGGGAGCUGCCAGCGCCAGAACAGCAGCUGCUUUUUCCAGUUGAACAAUUCAAGAGCUACACAGCCGCGAGGCAUCAUCAUAUUAAUCACCACCACCACCAUCAUCAUCACCAUCACCAUCAUCAUCAGCAGCAGCAGCAGCAGCAGCAGCGAAAACAUCUGCAUCAGCAUAAGCAUCGUGUUCAUGGCCGGACUUAUAGAGAAAAUCAUUAUAAGGCGCUGGAGCUGGAAGAGCGACAGCAACAGCUGGGCAAACACUCGCACUGGCUGCACUCGGCCACGCCGGCAACAUUUCCCGAUUAUGUCAACGACGAGGAACUGGCGGAACAGCAGUCGCCAGAGAAGCCACAGCCCUCACAGUUGGAGCAACAUGUGGUGGACCAGCUAGACUAUGCCAAUAAUCAUUUUGAUUUGGAGAGCUAUCAGCGCUAUGCGAACAUCGAGCUGCCACUCAGCCUGUCGCCCGCUGGCGGUCCCUCGACGCGCUCCGGCCGCCAUCGUGGACGCCACGUGACGCCGCACUAUGCCAACAGCAACAACAAUAAUAACAACAACAAUCAGGCCAACAAUCUGAUGCUGCCACUGAUAUCGGAGCUGGGCGGCAAAUAUUUGCGUUCGCUGCCCGACUCGGUCGACUUUCUGCAGGAUCGCCUCCAUGCCAGCCAGCCGCAGCGCCACUGGCCCGUCAAGCGCGAAGCCAUUGUUGAGGGCGACGUCAUAAUUGGCGGCCUCAUGAUGGUGCACUCGCGCGAGGACAGCAUCACCUGCGGUCCCAUCAUGCCGCAGGGCGGCAUCCAGGCCCUCGAGGCCAUGCUCUACACCAUCGAUCGCAUCAACGAGAUGCAUCUGCUGCCAAACAUCACGCUCGGCGCGCACAUACUCGACGACUGCGACAAGGACUCGUACGGCCUCGAAAUGGCCGUGGACUUUAUUAAAGGCUCGAUUAGCAACAUAGACGAUGCCGAAUAUCAUUGCAACAAGACGCAAGUGCGCAAGGUGAUAUCGGGCGUGGUGGGUGCUGCCUCAUCGGUGACAUCCAUACAGGUGGCCAAUUUGCUGAGAUUGUUUCGGAUACCCCAAGUAAGUCUAGUAUUUCUCAGUUGA